UCAGAUCCCAUCCCAGUCCCAACACCAGUGACCUGUCACGAGAACAGCCACUUUGAGGUCUGUGGAAAUGCCUGCCCAGCUACCUGCUCAGAUCGAUCUGCUCCUUCAAUGUGUGAUGAUACCUGUGUGGCAAGCUGCCAGUGUGAUGAGGGGUACAUCCUCAACGAUGAAACAUGUGUCCCGGUGGAGAGCUGCAACUGCAUUUACAAAGGCAUGACCUACAAGCCAGGGGAAGAGUUCUGGGAUGAUGAAAGCUGUCAUACUCGCUGCAAGUGUGACUCCAAAUUAGGCAAGGCUGAGUGCAGAAAAGAUUCUUGCAAGGCCAACCAGAAAUGUGCCAUGGUUGAUGGUGUUUGGGGCUGUCAUGCCACCCAUUACUCCACCUGCACUAAAUCUGGAGACCCUCACUACACAACCUUCGAUGGAAAGAAGUAUGAUUUCAUGGGAACUUGCAUUUAUCAGAUGGCAGGGGUCUGCUCUAAGGACCCCACCCUCACUCCAUUUUUGGUCACGGUGGAGAAUAACAACCGAGGCAGUAAGGCAGUGUCCUUCACCAAAGUGGUGACUUUGGAAGUCUACAACAUGACCAUCAGUCUGAGGCAAGAGCAACCACAGAAGAUUCAGGUCAACGGCGUCUUUGUCGACUUGCCAUUCUCCUAUGAAAAUAAACUGAAGGGCCACAUCAGUGGAGUCCAUGGCUUCAUCAGGACGGACUUUGACGUGACAGUCAGCUUUGACUGGUGCAGCUAUGCCAGGGUCAUUAUUCCUGAAUCUUACGCCAAUGCCACCUGUGGACUCUGUGGCAAUGCCAAUCAGGAUCACAGUGAUGACUUCAUCAGGAAGGAUGGAACAGAGACAACUGAUGAAAUCCAAUUUGCAGACAGCUGGAAAUUGAAGGAAGUCCCAGGGUGCUCAGCAAGAUGUACCACUGACUGCCCACUGUGCAGUAAUGAAGAGAAAGAAGCCUACAAGGGUGACAGUCACUGUGGGAUUCUCAUCAGAAAGGAUGGGCCAUUCAGGCAGUGCCAUGAGGCCAUUGACCCGACAUCCUACUUUGAUGACUGUGUCUUUGACACCUGCCAGUACAAGGGCCUCCAUAACAUUGUCUGCAGUGGCAUCGUUGCCUACAUGACCGCUUGCCAAGCUCAGGGCAUCCAGAUUGGCCAAUGGAGAUCGCCUGCCUUCUGCAGCCUUCUCUGUCCACGUAACUCCCACUAUGAACCCUGCGGAACAGGCUGCCCUGCCACAUGCCACAGCCCCUCCACUCCAAAAAUGUGCGAGGCUCCAUGUCCUGCUUAG